AUGACAGAGUUUUUAAACUAUACCGUUGAUUUGUACUUAAAGGAUGGUUCCAAGUCUUCAGGAUUGAUCUCAUCGGUAAAUGAAAGUCAAAUCACUUUGAAUGAAACCAACGGACCUAGAGAAAUUGCCAGUGCUUUCAUCAAUGAUUUAAAAGUUACUAAAUUACCACCAGAUUUACUCAAGAAUUUGAAAAAGAAAGAUAAGAAGAAGUCAUCCAAGAAGAAAGAAGAAAAGAAGGAAGAAAAGAAGGAAGAACCACCAGCUGUUUCGAAUGAUUUUGAUUUCGAAGCUAAUCUCGCUAUGUUCGAUAAAAAAUCCAUUUUUGAAGAUUUUCAAAAGAAAGAUAAGGUUAAACCUAAAGAUAGAUUGGUUGGUCAUAAUAAGGUUGAAAAUGUUAAGAAAGAGGAGAAAUAUAGAAAUGAUGAAAUGGUGUUGGAUGGAUCUAAAACUGAUAAUUGGGAUUCAAUCGGUAAUAAUGAAAGAAUUGAAGCUGUAAGAAAUAUGUCAGUUACUGGUAGAUCAACCCCUGUUGAAUUGACAAGUAAAAACUAUUCGUUCAUUAACUCCAAUAAGAUUGCUAUUCCUGUUUGUUCACCAAUUCAGUUGUCAGACAUUGAAAGAAUUGCCAGUGAAAAUUUCGAUUAUCAUCAAGAUUUAAUGGCAGAAACUUUUGCAUCUAAUUUAUCUACCUAUGUAACGACAAAAAUCUUGGGAGGUAAAAGUAGAUUGAAUUCAGCUAACCAUAAUUUACCACCUUUAGUUAUACUUUUAAUUGGUAGUGAAAGAUGUUCAGCAAGAGCCUUUUCCUUAGGUAGACAUUUAGCUAAUCAUGGAAUAAGAGUAUUGGCCUAUGUUAUCAACCAAAAUCUUCAAGAUGAACAUUAUUUGAAACAAUUGAAUAUGUUCAAGAAAUCAGGAGGUAAAGUAUUAUAUACCUCAGUUAAAGAAUUUGUUAAUAUCUUGGAUAAUCAAUUAGAUACUCCAGUUGAAUUGAUUAUCGAGUCGUUACAAGGAUAUGACGACCAUUUGGAGGAUAUAUUUUAUGAUGAACAAGAACGUAGUCUAUUAACUGAAUUAAUAACUUGGUGUGACAGUAAAUCAUCAAGAAUAAUGUCUUUGGAUAUUCCUUCAGGUAUUGAUGGAGGUUCAGGUACUUUAACUGAGAAUUUGAAGAUUUCAUGUAAAUGGUUAGUUUCUAUGGGAAUACCCGUUGCUGGGAUAAUCCACGGUUACAAUGCUAAUGUAUUGAAUAAUGAAGAUGAUGAAAUAAUCCAUCUUUUAGUAGAUAUUGGUAUUCCAAAUAAUGUGUACCAGAAGAAAUCUAAUUUAAGAAGAUUCGAUAAAAUAUGGUAUACUGCAGAGAAUGUGGUGGAAAUGAACUUAUUAGAUAAACCUGAAAGUCAAUAG